GAGAAGGAGGCCUUCAUGAGCAGCCGCAAGCUGGCGGCCAUCAUCAGCGACGCAGCCUCCACAGGCAUCUCGCUGCAGGCCGACCGCCGCGUACCGAACCAGAGGCGGCGCUGCCACAUCACCCUGGAGCUUCCCUGGUCUGCUGAUCGUGCAGUGCAGCAGUUUGGACGGAGCCACCGCAGCAAUCAGGCCUCCGCCCCGCUCUACAAGAUCCUGGUGACGCCGCUGGCGGGAGAGUUCCGCUUCGCCUCGGCGGCCGCCAAGCGCCUGCAGAGCCUGGGCGCGCUGCUGCACGGCAGCCGCCACGCCACCGGCGCGGGCUCGGAGCUGAAGAGCUUUGACGUGGAUAACAAGUACGAAUCCCUCCUGCUUGGCACCUGCCCUGGGCUGUCAGCUCCGCGGCUCUCGCCUCUCGCUCUACAUGAGGGCACGCCUGGUGAGCCCAGCAGGCUGCCGGGUGUGAUGAGCGCGGGCCUGCUGCGGCCCAAUGAGCGCGGCCAGCCGGCGCUGCCCAAGGACAAGGUGCCGGUCAAGGCGUUCCUCAACAAGCUGCUGGGCAUGCGCCUGCGCGACCAGCAGCUCAUGUUUGACUUCUUCGCCUCCGCGCUGGACAAGGUGAUUGCUGCUUACAAAGCCCUGGGCGACUACGACACAGGCGCCCAGGUGCAUCGCGUGGAUUUGGCGCUGGACCGCGGCGUGUCGUUUGAGACGGCGUGCGACCUGCGGGACGAUGCGGAGCCGUGCGGCGGCGGAGGGGCCCGACCACCACCACUCCUCUGGUUUUUACAUGAUGGGUCUGGAGGUGGAGGCUGGGGGCCGCCGAAGGCCUCGCUACAUCCUGCUGGCGGCGGAGGUGGGCAAGACCCUCAACAACCAGCCCCGCCUGGCCAUCCGGCGCCCCAACACCAGCGCCGCGGGCAGCAUGACGCUGGGUGAGCUGAGCGCCAAGAACUACCGCAAGAUCACAGACGCCAGCGCCGAGCCGGUGUGGCGCUUCUGGUACGAGCACAGCGUGGACCACUGCACGCACGGCGACAAGUGCGACCUGGGCGGCUGCCAGUUUGGCCGCCGCCACAGCAGCGUGCACAUCCUCAGUGGGGCCGUGCUGCCGCUGAUGAAGCGGCUGGAGCAGCUGCGCAGCAGGAGCAUGUGGGGCAGGCUGGGCAUGAGCGGGGAUGCCACCCGCCCGCUGCGCAUCGUCAAGGCCGUCACCAGCGGCGGCGAGUCGGUGGUCGGCAUUGAGGCCGUGGAGGAGCGGGAGAUGGAGCACUGGGUCACCUGCCUGGACAAGGACAAGGCCAGGGAGGCCGAGGCGGCAGCGGAGGCGGAGGCUGCCGCUGCUGCCAAGGCGGAGGCCGAGGCGGCGGUCGCGGCGGCGGCGGCGGCCACCCCUGACAU